AUGCCAUACCAUUCAUUACCUGACUCAAUCAAGACCUCUAAUUGUCGCAUUGUUUAUCUCUGUCGCAAUCCCUACGACUCCUUUGUCUCCGCCUGGCACUUCUUCUCUAAGCCUAGACCAGAGAGUAUUGAGCCUCUAUCGUGUAAUGAUGCUUUUGACAUGUAUUGUAGGGGUGUCAUCGGUUUUGGGCCCUUCUGGGACAAUGUAUUGGGGUACUGGAAGGAGAGCCUGAAGAGGCCUCAAAAGGUGCUGUUUUUGAUGUACGAGGACUUGAAAGAAGAUAUUAUUUUUCAGAUGAAGAGGCUAGCAGAGUUUAUGAGCAUUCCAUUCUCUUUAGAGGAAGAGAGUGAAGUUGUGAUAGAAGACAUAUCAAGGUUGUGCAACUUUAACAAUAUGAGAGAGUUGGAGGUGAACAAAACUGGUAAAUCCAUUAGACACUUCGAGAAUAAGACGUUCUUUAGGAGAGGUGAAGUGGGUGAUUGGAUCAAUCAUUUUACACCUGAGAUGGUGGAACGCUUGAACAAGGUCAUUGAAGAAAAGUUGGGUGGUUCUGGGUUAGCAUUCAAGACUAGUUUGUGA